GCCAUGGCGUCCCCGGCCAUCGGGCAGCGCCCCUACCCGCUGCUCUUGGACCCCGAACCGCCGCGUUAUCUGCAGAGCCUGAGCGGCGCGGAGUCGCCGCCGCUGCCGCCGCCCCCCGGCCGCCCGUCGCGCCGCUGCGUCCCCGCGUCCCUCUCCACGGCGCCCGGGGCGCACGAGGGGCGCGGCGCGCGGAGAGCACCCCGGGGAGGCUCGGAACCCCAGCCCCGGGCUUCGCGCCCCGCUCGCCCUCUCCGGCCUGGGCUGCAGCCGAGACUGCGGCGGCGGCCUGGAGCGCCCCGGCCCCGCGACGUGCGGAGCAUCUUCGAGCAGCCGCACGAUCCCCGCGUCCCGGCCGAACGAGGCGAGGGCCACCGCUUCGUGGAACUGGCGCUGCCGGGCGCGCCGGGCUGGUGCGACCUGUGCGGACGCGAGGUGCUGCGGCCGGCGCUGCGCUGCGCCCACUGUAAAUUCACCUGCCACCCAGAGUGCCGCAAGCUGAUCCAGCUGGACUGCAGUCAGCAGGAGGGCAGGGCCUGCGACAGAACCUCUCCAGAGAGUACCCUAACCCCGGCCUUCGGCCAGAAUGUCUGCCAGCCGGUGGAGGAGACUCAGCGCCCGCCCACGCUGCAGGAGAUCAAGCAGAAGAUUGACAGCUACAAUAGCCGGGAGAAGAACUGCCUGGGCAUGAAGCUGAGCGAAGAUGGCACCUACACAGGUUUCAUCAAAGUGCAUUUGAAACUUCGACGGCCAGUGACGGUGCCUGCCGGCAUCGGACCCCAGUCCAUCUACGACGCCAUCAAGGAAGUGAACUUGGCGGCCACCACAGACAAACGGACAUCCUUCUAUCUGCCGCUGGAUGCCAUCAAGCAGCUGCAUAUCAGCAGCACCACGACGGUCAGCGAGGUCAUCCAGGGGCUGCUGAAGAAGUUCAUGGUGGUGGACAAUCCCCAGAAGUUUGCACUUUUUAAGCGGAUCCACAAGGAUGGUCAAGUACUCUUCCAGAAGCUCUCCAUUGCCGACUGCCCCCUCUACCUGCGCCUGCUUGCCGGGCCCGACACUGAUGUCCUCAGUUUUGUGCUAAAGGAGAAUGAAACUGGAGAGGUUGAGUGGGAUGCCUUCUCCAUCCCUGAGCUCCAGAACUUCCUAACAAUCUUGGAAAAGGAGGAGCAGGACAAAAUCCAGCAAGUACAGAAGAAGUAUGACAAGUUCAGACAGAAACUGGAGGAGGCCUUAAGAGAAUCCCAGGGCAAACCUGGGUAACCAGUCUUGCUUCCUCUCCUCCCUGUACCCCCGCUCCCAGAUUUAUUUUUAUUAUUAAUUAUUAUUUUGCAACAGACACUUUUCUCAGGACACCUCUGGUGGGUACAUUUGUGCCUGCCCAGCAGUUCCAGAUGUGGCACGAAGUUGCUUCCGUGGACAAGUGUUUGUGUAGGGGCUGAUCCUUACCCACCCCUCAAUGCCCCUCUGCCAGUGAUCAGUACUUGUGUGAAAUACACAGUGUCCAUCAUCUCCUCUCCAUCUGCAAGCCUUCGACAAACCAAAUAGUGGCCUCUCUGGUCACCAAACUGGAAUCUUAGCACACCAGUCGGUGAACAACAAAAGGAAAGGAAAAAAGGGUUCGGAACUCUGUGUUCUUCCUCUGGCUUUGAUUCUUCAGUUUCUCUUUAUUUGCCACCACCAGUACUUUUAUUUAUGAGUCAGACAUCGUAGCAUAUCUCUUUAGUAACAUCUGAGCUGAGCCUCUGAAAGUAGGAUGAGGCUUGUAAAAGAGCUGUCCCCUUCCCUGCAGUGCCAACAAGUCACACUUAAGGGAAAUGGGUCCAGUCACUGGUCUGGGAUGCUCAGGGGGGUCAGGUGGGGGGACCAAAGGUAAGGUUGGCUCAGAGGUUUCCAGAGAAGCCACAGGCUGCUCUGGCCCCGGCCCAGGCCCUGAUGCCGGAGAGACUGUGCAUAUGCAAAUCCAAAGGCAUUCACCUGCGCAUGUGCGGUACUGAGUCACAGCAUUGCCAAUAGCAGCUCGUGUUUAAGUUACAAAUCUAAAUUCUAUAGCCAUCAUCCUCAUGUGUUCCCACCAAAGGGAAAUCAGCCAUUCACCAUUAAAAGUCUCCGGUGGAACCAGGAAGUCAGGCAGUUAAGAAGCAGCCAAAACAGCACCACAGGGAAACCUGUCCAGGCUGUCCUCAGUUAGAGAGUGGAGGCCUGCGCUGCCCUGGUCUCCCCGUGACCUCCGGCACUGCCUUUCUUCUCCCACAAGGAUGCUGAGAUCUUCAGGUGCUGCCCAAGGAGUGGCCUUCAUUACAGAGGAUCCUCCAACUUGGCCAGCUUGGAGCCCUUUCUGUUGAGUGAGGCCUACCCGCCCCGGCCUCCACAUUGACCUCAGUGCCUUUUUGUUUACACAGAGAAAGAAGAGACAGAGCAGGGUUUGGGUGCUUGAAGUUCUGCUAACUGGCUUAUUCUUGCCAGGAAGUGGCCAGUGGCUGUCUGGGAGACCAGGCCAGGGGAGCCCUCACUCCACUUCUUCCCAUCUAGGUUCCCGGGCUAGAACUUCC